UCAGAAUUCAGGAAGCUGGGGGAGAUGUUACGUCACUUCCUCUUCAGGGGGACUGUCGCGUCCGUUGCUAUGGAAACGGCGUCGUGUGCCCGGAGGCAGGAUCUGUGUGGCGAGGCGUUAAGCGUAGGACCGGGGCUGCUUCCUGCAGGACAUUUGUGCCAAACAUGGCCGCCCCUUCUCACCCAGAGGACAUGCUGACCCAAGUGACCCAGCUCUGGAGUAUGCUGGAUGAGAUGUCAGAAAGCACCCCUGAGAGUUACCACAGAUUUAUGCAGCAGCAGCUGGAAGAUGCAAAGCAAUAUUGUGCUCCCCCUGAACCACAUCUUUGCCUACAGACCCACAUCCUGGAUCCUAAUGAAAAAUCAUUAUUCAUUAACCUCUGCAGGUGGAAAAGGGUCCCAGCUCCUAAGUCACCUACUGAUCCAAUUCCUCUAAGUGCUGGCCUACUAGAGGAGGUGUCCGAUAAAGCAGAGCUUUACUCCAUCAUAGAUAUUGCAUAUAACCCGACUGUUCUUCAGCGAGAGGAGAACCAAGCAGAAAUGGAUCAUUUGAUCAGUCUGACAUUUAAAUACAUUGAGGAGCAUUACAACCUCUCUCUGUCCCACUCUUAUCACAUUGCAACAUUCACACUCAAAGGAAGCCUGAAAAGGAUGAAACAGAGUCUGAGAGGAGGGCCAGUACCAGCUCCACUUCUCAACAAGAACAUGAGGAACGAACUGACACUGGACCCGAUGAAGCACAACCUCGGAGAGGAGGACCACAAUAAUGCUACAUUGCUGCUGAACAAGAAUGUUACACAGUCUAAAGUGCAUCUGAUAGAAGAAAUUGCCAGUAUGGAGCUGCCAGAGGAGGCAAUCACACCAGCCUAUGAACUGACCAUUGCAAAGGAUGCAAACAGGAAACCUCUAAAGAUUGAACUGAAAGUUGAAUUGCCUAAAGUUAGUUCCGUUUCUGAAUGUGAACUGAGCAUUUCAAGGGACGAUGUAAUCGUUGAAGUCCCUGAGAAAUACAGAUUACAGCUGGAUUUACCAGAGUUGGUCAAUGAAGAAGCAACUACAGCAACAUUUAACAAAGGGAAAGGUGUGUUGCUUAUCACAAUGCCAAUUCCCUAAGGAAAAUGUUAGGGACAGCAGGUUCUCAAAAAGUUAGUGGAUAUGUGUCACCCUUAAAGAUUAAAAGGAAGGUUAAUGGUAAAGAUCUUACCCAUAAGUAGAAAUCAGUAUCACUCUGUUAUUCUAAGAAUCUGUUCUGCUGUCUGCACACACAUAAUUUCCUCUGAAAAUAGAGGGUCAUGAAGUGUACAGUAUGAAGAGUAGGAAGGAAUUCUUAAUACAAGUUGUAAACAUUUAAGUGUUACUUAGAUCAUUUUAUCUCUAACACAUGAUUCUACAUUAUAAACUUUACUACCAUCUUCAGUUUGUCCAUCAGUAGACAAUAAAGAGUGAUUAACUUUG